AUGUGCAUGCAGCGUUGGCAUGCACGCAUCCUGCAGGGUGCCAGCGUGAUGAAGGGCACCAUCCCGGUCACCAAGCAGCGCCUCGAAAAGAUUGGUACCCGUGUCAACGAGGAUCUCCUCGCCGACCAUUCCAUGGCCCAGUUUCGGCGCACGCAAGCGCCGCCGGCUCCGGAGCAGAAGAAGACGCUCAUGCACGAGGACUUCUCACCGACGGUGACGCGGCGAGAUCCCGACCGAGUAAAAGCAGGAGGCACCUUUACCCGCACUCAGAUGAGUCAUCCGAGCUCUCCCAAGGCCCAAGAGUCCUUGCCGCCACCGCGCCGGGCCAUGGUCUAUCCGGCCGGGGGCUCGGGUUUUGCUAGACUUGCGCUCGGUGCCCUCGAUGCGCUAAUGUCAAGAUUUCAAAACUCGGCGCAUUUGUUGAGCCUUUGUUCGACGCACGUGAAAGGUCAUGGUCGCCUCGCAGCCAGAGUCGCCAAAGGCGACGCAGCUGCUGCAGGCAGCUCCGGGAGUACAGAUGCCAACCAGUGGGGAGUCUAG